ACUUGCUGUUCUUGCUGACUGACCAGUUAGCAGUUCCUUCAUUGUCGCAUUCACUUUGAGUUGCUUUGAGUCUUCAAGUCAGUAUUUAUUGUUCGACAUGUUGAACCUAUUGCGUCAGCCAUUACUAAAAUCUGUUAAAAUUGCAGCGCUUGGUGUUGAAAAUUUUGGAAAACCAAUUCCAAGAGUACUCACAAGAUCAUAUAGUCGACAACGUCGACAUCGACCGUUUCAACGUGCAGUUCAAUCGAACCAUCAUCCAUUUGCAAUACCACAAAUACUACGUUGGGUAAAAACCACCAUGUGGUUUGGAUUAACUGUAGGGAUGGCAGCACUUUUUGGCGCUUUCUGGUACCAGGUCUUGAUAAGGGUCAUGGAUAAUUCGAUCCUUUAUACCAAUAAAGAAAAUGAUAAAAAAUAAUGUUAUUUUUAAAUCCUUUUGAAACUUUAUAUGCUUGGAAAUUACAUUAAGUAAUAUAAAA